CUCGCACGGUUUAGUUUUUAUUUUUUGUUGUUAUUGUUUAGAGCGUGCGAAUCGCGAAAGUGCGAAAAUGAGAAUUUUCUCAUGAAACACAUUUGCCUGUCAGAGCCGCUGUUGCAGCUUGGGCUCUUGGGGAGCCGCUUUGCAGCAGCUAUCCAGGUGAUACUUUCGGCGGCAAGGACCUCGCAAGGCCACACCAAUUUUAAAUGGAAGCGGUGACCAGAAAUGUUUCUGCGAGUCAGCAGAGCUUCAACCAGCCAGCUGACCAAACUGCACAGGUGCUCUUCCGGGAAAUUUAUAAAAAUGCUUGGCUCAGGCGAUUACCAACUCUCGAAAGAAGAAACUCGGGUGCAGGAGCUUAUUCAAAACGAGGCGAAAAUGUUUGGGUUGUAUUUUGUGUUCACGACGACAGAGACCCUUUCCUAGAAGUGUAUUUGGACCAAAAGGUGGCUAUUUCUCACCGACCAGAGUUGUGUGCACCCCUUUCAACAUGUCUGCACAUAUCUCCGACGAUAUGUGCCUCGCCUGGUGAUCAGUAUGAAUUUGUUAUCACCCUCAGAAGUGGUGUGAUUAAACUCGCUGCUAGUUCCUGGGACAUUAUGAUGGAUUGGGUAAACUCACUACGUACUAAGUUGGUGGAGUUGAAAAUUCUGUCGCCGCAAGAGAAUGUUUACAGCCAAGCACCCCAAGCUCCCCGUUUUCCUCUCCUCCCCACUCGGGAUCCAAACUCGCCCCUGCCACCAACACCAUCAGGGCCCAUAGCUAUUGUUCCAGGAACAGAACUCCCACAGCCGCAGCCUGCUGAUCGCACCCAAAAUGAGGCAGCCAACCAUGCCACUACGACAAUCAACAUUAAUGUUUCAAGAUCUGAUCCCAGCGUUGCUAAUCUUAGUCAAAGACCCCUUCCCUUGAUACCAGACUUAAAUGUUGCUGUGGAAGUAUUCACUCAGUCAAUAUCAGUGAACUCGGCUCCAGGCCAGAACGUAACUGUGAUUGAACUUGAAGGACCAAGCUCUUCUGCAGCUUCAGCCAGCACUGACGUGUUCAACUUUGACGUAAUCAGCAGCACGAUCAGCGAUACCGAGUUGAGUCAGUAUGAGCGCUUGUACUUGGGCCACACUGGCCAGACAGACCCCAAUGAACCCAUGUCACCCCUUGUGAUGAAUGCCAACCCUCCUGAGUCAACCGGCAAUACAAGCUCUUCAGCGAUCAUUCCGUCAGAAAUUCUGGAGGAAUCAGAAUCGCAUCCGCAGCGGCCCCAGGUGCCCAGGAACCAAGUCGAGGAAGUGCAGCGACGGCCAGCACUGCCAACACGCAACCCUCAAGAGACUCCCAGGAGGAAACGCGGACCUCGCAUUGAACUAAAUGCGAGACGCCCACUUUUGAGGCCGCCCUUGAUGCCCCCGCUCACCCUACGGGAGCAGCAAGUGCUGGCCAUCACCAGGGAGAUCAGACACCCUGGGGGAGUGAGACUUCAGUUGCGGAAAAAGGACUGCGUCAGUUCAAUUGCGUUUGUUGACGCUUUUGGAGCUGUUUGGAUUGCUGGUUGGAGACAAAAGGUCCAUCCGCAUUUGUAUAAUGCCUUGCAUAUUGCUGACAGAGUGCUUAGUGUCACUGGCGUAAUUGUUCAAAAUGCUGCUGACGCCAAUAAUGUAAUUAGAAACUGCGCUACACCAUUUAUUGAAAUAAUAGUGCGGCGAGUACCAUUUGGCCGCGUUUUUGCGAUUCGGAAAGAUGUAGAAGGCCAAGAUGUUGGACUCGAGUUGGAAGGAGGAACUGCAGAAAUAAAGAACGUGCACCGUCUUAGUCCUGCAGCAAGAGCUGGAGUGCCACCCAAAGCCCCUUCUUGCGACGGCCUGACAUUGUGCAACUGGGUCCUUACUGAAGUCAACAGCCGCCCGCUCAACUUGUUUUUCAAGGAUGGGGAAGUGCGGGAUAGACUAAAUGCAGUUGGCCGUGAUUUGUCCAUACUGGUUCAUCCAUACGAUUUGAUCAAACAAAUUAAGAAGCAGCUUAAAUCAAUUAAGAAUCACAAGGAUUAUUUGGUGCAAUGAUUAACAACACGUAACUACUGAUACAUUCCAAUUCCAAGUCUGAAAAUUGUGCAAUUUACUGUUGUCGAUACUUAAAAACUUUUAAUCAUGAAUGUGAUAUUUUAAGAAAUUUUCACUAAUAAAUUUCAUAAGGAAAUCAAA